AUUUAUUUGCUUUUUUUCUUUCAAAUUUCAGGAAUCCAAGCAAUGAAAAUCAACCAAACACUUGUGAAGGAAUUCAUUCUUGUGGGCUUUCCCAUAUACCCACAUGUACAGACCUUCCUCUUUGUGAUCUUUUGUGUCUACCUUCUGACUCUUGCAGGCAAUCUGGCCAUCAUGGCUUUGACCUGGGUGGAUAGAUCCCUCCACAUCCCUAUGUACCUCUUCCUUAGUGCGCUCUCCUUCUCUGAGACCUGCUAUACUUUGACUAUCAUCCCCAAGAUGCUGGUGGAUCUACUGGCCAAGGGCAGGAGCAUUUCAGUCAUAGGCUGUGGCUUACAGAUGUGCUUCUUCCUGGGGCUUGGGGGUACAAACUGUAUCAUUCUUGCUAUGAUGGGGUAUGACUGCUUCCUGGCCAUCUGCAAUCCACUCAGACACCCUCUUUUUAUGACCAGUACUGCAUGUGGAUACCUUGUGGCCUCUGCUUGGACUGGAGGCUUCUGUAUCUCACUGAUAGAGACUGCACUGAUAAAUAGGGUCUCUUUCUGCAUACUCAACCUCAUCAAACACUUCUUCCACAUGUGAGCAGUUGUAAGGCUGUCAUGCAUGGACAGUGAGAUCACAGAACACAUUGUAACAGUAAUGUCAGUGUCAGGCUUGCUGGGUACAUUCUUGCUCAUCCUUUUAACAUAUGUAUUCAUCCUUUCCUCUGUCUUCAAGAUCCUUUUAGCUGAGGGUAAGCAAAAGGCAUUUUCCACCUGUGCCUCACACCUUACUGCUGUCAUCAUCCACUUUUAUUUUGCAUCUGUUGUUUAUCUGAAGCCAGAAUCUGCAGAGGGAGACGACACCCUCACAGCAGUCCCUUACACUGCCAUUACUCCUUUUCUCAGUCCCAUCAUAUUCACACUCAGGAAUAAGGAUAUGAAGAAUGCUUUCAGAAAGAUCAUGAGAAAGACACUGUCCUUGAAAAAAUAA